AUGGGGGAAGCCCGUUCCACCUUCUUCGACAGGGUUGUGAUGAUUUUGGAAGCACAUCAUGCCUGCCUCCCUCUUCAGGACUUGGCGCUGUCCUUGUGGGCGCUUGCCGUUGCCGGGUAUGAUUCUCUGGCUCUGUUUCCCGGGUUUGGCACGGCAGACAGAGCAUCCACACAGGAAGGCAAGGAGGGAGCGGGGGAGGGUGGUUGGACGAGAGAGAGGCAGGAGGAGCUCCAUGCCAUGCGUCCUAGCGAGGAGGUUAAGUUGCUAUGGGCCAUGGGAAAACUCUUGCCCGCAAAUGUCUGCAGCCCUCCCGUUGACGGUUCCUCCCGGGAAAGAAGUCUGAGGGAGGAGGUGGUGGAGGCUCUUAUUUGGGACCUGGGGCCCAAGCUCGCCACCUUUUCCUCACAGGACAUGAUCCUGACGCUUUCCGCCAUUGCUAGACUGUAUGGACCCUCUGCUUGUGUCUCGUCGUCUACGAAGAAGCUCCUGGAGCACCUGUGCAAUUUGAUGCCAGGAUGGCUGCCGUCACUCACGGACCUGGCACUUGCCCAGUUGUUGUGCAUCUACGCCCGCCUUCAUUAUCCAGUUGACGGGAUAUGGGACACUCUCAAAGAGGAAGUCGAGCGUCGUCUGAAGGCAUCAUUGGAUCUUGCUGAAAAGGGAGCAAGGAGUGAGGAUAGGGAGGAAGAAAGAGAUAGUUUGUUUCACCUGGCCCGUUGCCAGGCGUUGUUGGGGAUGUGGAAACGCGCGGGGAUCGGAAGUCCUUGA